UGCAAGGUUUUUCCUAUAUACAAUCAUCCCAUCUGUUUUGUUGUUGCGAAUUUUCCUAUCUUCCCCACAUAACAAUGGCGGCUACCAUACUUCUUGUGUUCUCUCUGCUACUGCUACACUUCUUCCUUGGAUCCCAUGCCCAAGUGAAGGGAAAUAUAAGCUUAGGAUCCAGCUUCGACACCCACACAAAUUCCUCGUGGCUCUCACUCUCAGGCGACUUUGCUUUCGGGUUCUACCCUCUCCCUGGUGGUCUGUUUCUUCUUGGAAUUUGGUUCAAUAAGAUUCCUGAGAAAACCGUUGUUUGGUCGGCAAAUCGGGAUGCUCCAGCCCCUGCUGGAUCCUCCGUCAACCUCACGCUCGCUGGAAGCCUUGUGCUGACGUUCCCCAACGGAACCGUCUCCCAAAUAUCCAACGGCGCCAGUGCUGCGAAUUCAGCUUCCUUGCAAAACAACGGCAACCUUGUCUUAAGAAACUUUGUUUCAAGUGUGGUGUGGCAAAGUUUUGAUAACCCAACGGACACACUUUUACUGGGCCAGAAAGUUCCAUGGGACCAUAGGCUCUACUCCAAUGCUAACGGAACUGUGGACUACUCUACCGGAAAAUUCAUGCUAGAGGUGGGUACUGAUGGAAAUGUGGUCCUAGCUACAUUCCGAUGGGCAGACAGUGGUUACUGGUGGACUGAUACUAUACAGCCCAACGUUAGUCUUGUGUUCAAUGAGAGCACAGCAUUGAUGUAUGUUACCAAUUUAACUUCCAUCAUUUACCGGUUGACCACGAAUGUGCCAACACCAGUUGACCGCUAUUAUCACAGAGCAACCGUAGAAGACACCGGAAAUUUCCAGCAGUAUAUUUACCCUAAGGUAAAUGGCAGCGGAUGGACAAGUGUUUGGAAAGCGGCCACUGAACCUUGCUCUGUCAAUGGUAUUUGCGGUGUUUACGGCUACUGUACUUCUCCCGAUAAUCAAAACGUUACUUGUAGCUGUCUUCCAGGUUAUUCUCUCAUGGAUCCUAAUGUUCCUUCCAAAGGAUGCUAUCCAAAUGUCCCACCGCAACAGUGCUCCAAGAGUCCAUCUGAUGUGACAAAUUAUAACAUAGAAGUGAUUGAUAAUGCGGAUAUUGUGAACAACUUAUUCACAGAAAUGACUCGACUGUACAAUUCUGAUUUGGAGAAAUGCAGGGAGGCAGUCAUGGAUGAUUGCUAUUGCAUGGCAGCUACCCUAACAGCAGACAACGUUUGCCGCAAGAAGAGGAUUCCUUUUAUGAAUGCCAGACAGAGCAGCCCUUCUACUAAUGGGAUACAAACCAUCAUCAAGGUUCCAGUGGUAGAGCAAGGGAAGACUGAUGGUCUAAUAGCGGGGAAGAAAGAGCCUCGCUCUCAGAUGAUUCUGAAGGUAUGCCUUUCAAUAAGCACCAUGCUUGCUCUCCUGUUUGCUGCCUUUGCAAUAUAUAACCCUAUAGCUAGACUAUCCAGAGCAAGAAAAUUCCUUGCAAAUCCUGCAGAGAUCAACUUGAAAAAAUUCACAUAUAGGGAGUUGCAUGAAGCAACCGAUGGGUUCAAAAACAAAAUCGGAAGAGGAUCAUUCGGGACAGUAUAUAGUGGGAUUCUAAAUUUGGAAGAUAAGCAGAUAAAGAUUGCUGUGAAGAAGCUGGAGAGAGUGAUGGAACAAGGUGACAAAGAAUUUCUGACAGAGUUGAGGGUAAUAGGCCAAACCCAUCACAAAAAUUUAGUCAAGCUGUUGGGUUUCUGUGAUGAGCAAAGUCAUAGACUUCUAGUCUAUGAGCUGAUGACAAAUGGGACUCUGUCUGGUUUUCUAUUUUCCGAGGGUGAGAAACCAUGCUGGGAUCAUAGAGCUCAAAUUGUUCUGGCAAUUGCACGUGGGCUCUCGUAUUUACAUGAUGAAUGUGAAACCCAAAUCAUUCACUGUGAUAUAAAGCCCCAGAACGUGUUACUUGAUAGUCAAUUCAAUCCCAAAAUUGCAGAGUUUGGCCUGGCGAAGCUAUUGAUGAAAGAUCAGACUAGAACAAGCACCAAUGUGAGAGGAACAAUGGGAUACAUGGCACCAGAAUGGCUCAAAAAUGUUCCAGUAACGGCCAAGGUUGAUGUCUACAGUUUUGGGGUGCUGCUGCUUGAGAUCAUAUGCUGCAGAAAGCACAUAGAGCUGAACCGGGUUGAGGAAGAAUCGGAAGAAGAUGACCUUAUUCUCGUGGAUUGGGUUCUGACUUGUGUGAGAAAGGGUAAGCUAGAGGCGGUGGUUAAGCAUGAUCCAGAAGUGUCGGAUGAUUUCAAAAGGUUCGAGAGAAUGGCAAUGGUUGGUUUGUGGUGUGUUCAUCCGGACCCAGUUCUACGUCCAACCAUGAAGAAGGUGAUUCAGAUGUUGGAAGGCACAGUGGAGGUGGCCGUCCCACCCCUGGUCCAUGCCCCAACAUUCUGAAUUCUACAUCUUUGAAUUUUAAGUCUUAGCCAGCAGCCCCUGUAUCACAUUUGAAGCUUGGAAUUUAUGUCUUGUUCUUCUUUUCA